AGGAGAGUGUUUUGCAUUAGUGAGUUGUGAUGGGACGCGUUACUGCGCGCGUGAAGGGCCGCAAGAAAGGCAAGAGAUGGGCAAAAGGUCAAAGCAGCAGUUCUAAUCCAGAAACGCGGAAAUUUCGUAGCCGCGUGACAGAUUUUACCGAUGGAUUCGUUGAAGAAACGCGGAGGCCAAACACGACAGCGAGCGUGGAAGGUUUACAAUUGGACCUCUUAUCGUUGAAUGAUGGGAAAUCGAUCAUGUCUACUGCGCCUUCUGUUGCUACGAAAUCUGUGCAGAGUCUUGGUGGACGAACGAGAUAUACCGCGGCUACCUUCGCAAGUGACUGGUCGCAAACGUCGAACGUCACAUUCAAUAGAUUUUUGAAGAACUUUCAGCCGACGUCCGAGAAUCACAGAGAAAUGUUGGCUUUGCUUGAAGCCGCAACAGAAGUUAUACGAGACCGAAAUGGCGAAGAGAGCGACACGGAAUAUUUUUGCACGCUAGUCACGGCGUUCGAUGUGAUCGAAGAUGAGGGUACGCUGGCCGCUAUUGCCCCCUUUUCCGUCAUGCUGUUGAAGAACAUCAGACAGGAGUUCUUGCAAAACAAAUUCGAGGUUUUCUCAAAGGUUUUUCUUAAGGUUCUUUCUAAACACGCCGGGUCACAGUCGACUUCUCUUCUACGUGGGGCCAUAACGUGUCUUGCCGUUCUACUGCGAAACCAAGAAGCUAACAUCCUGGAAUCGAGUGCAUGCGUAGAACUCUUUGCACCCCUUCUUGCGUUCAUCAUACAUCCGAAGCCGAAAGUUAGGAAAGCGGCUCAACAUCAAGUAGCCGAAAUUUUGAUCAUCACCGCUGGAAAAACAGAAAGUAAACCGAGUUCUGGUACUGGUCCGUUGGGAAACGCAGCCGCAAAAUUCGUAAAAUUUCGUCUUGAAGAAGGCAUCAGCGAUCCAAACGCCAACUUGACGUCGACGCUGCACGUGUUGGAAUUUUGUAGACGAACGCUGCGAUGUUUUCCCCCCGGCGCUCUGAAGUCUAUCUGUGAGCUGAUCGUGCAACUGAUGUCAUUGAAUAACGUCGUUGUGAAGAAAUUGUGUGUUGAAGUGCUGAAGGAUUUCGUGUCGGAAAGCGAUCUGGAAGUUCCGUUCAGUGCCAAAACAUUGGGUCAACUUCUGGUUGCCGUGUGGGAUGUGAAACCGUCAGGAACAGAUGCUGUAUUGCUUCCUCCGUGGUUAACUUUGGUGAAGCAAGGGAUUUUGACUCUUCACAAACUUGACGAAGACUUGGCGUUCAAACAUCUGCACAAGUUUUUGCCCUUUAUGAGCAGUUGUUGGACAACCGAUAAUCAUCCGAUCACUGUGGCCGCAAGUUGUGCGUUCAGCGGUUUGCUGAAACGGGCGAUCCAACCGUCCAUUGAAAAACUCAUUAAAGAGUUGGAAACGCGGGGAAAAUCUGAAUCUAUCCUAGGAACCCUGGAAACUUGUCUCACGGACGGUUUGAAAUUCCAGGCUUACAAAGCCUGGCCUCUGGUUUUUCAACUUUGGUCACAGUUUUUUGAGACGUGUGGAUCUGCAUGUAUCGACAUUACACGACUAGGACUGUGUCAACUCGGUGAAAUGCGGACUUCUUUCGAAGUUGAGGAACGUGGUGGGCCCGAAGUUUCAACCGGAACCCGCACAGCUUUGGGGAAUGCUCUUGGCAAUGCCGUACGAGUUUUGGGGCCAAAAUUGUUCUUGUCUGGUUAUCCGCUUGAGAUUACCGGGAGGGAACCGUUUGGGAAAGGACUGGAUCGCAGUUGGAUACUUCCUGUUCUGCGUGAUAACUUGGUUGUUGGAUGUCCUUGCGAACUGGAAUAUUUCACGGCUUAUUUCAUCCCGCUUGCCGAAAUUUUCUAUGCGCGAUCGCAAGGUGCGAUCCCCAGAAGUCCUAUUUCGGACAAGAAGGUUUAUGGUGUGCUAUGCGAACAGGUAUGGUCUUUGUUCCCGGGCUUUUGUAACAGUGCGAAGGAUGUUUCGACGUCAUUUCCAAAAAUUGCUCAAACGCUUGGAACUCGUCUCAAAACCCGGCCUGACCUCAUCACACCGAUUGUUUCCGGCCUCAAGAACAUAGCUGAGUUUGCUGCUCGUAACGGUGGUUCUGAUAUAACUGCCGUUGCAGUUUAUGCGAAGAACUUCCUUCCGCUAUUCUUCGUCAAAGUUCUUGAACCCAAUACAUCAGUCGACAUCCGCGAUCGAUUGCUAAAUGCCAUCAAGGCAUUUACUGCUAUAGCAAAAGAAAGCGUGAUUUGUGGCUUGAGCGAAAAAGCCCUUGCUGAAGUGUUACGAGAAGCUGAGGACGAGAAGCGCAAAGCAAUAGUGUAUGACUUGUGUAUUGCAUUAGCUCCACAUAUCCCGGAUUCGGCCGAAGGUCGGGAUAUUCUGGAGCGAUUGUUGAAUCAUGCGUUGGAAUUGAGCGCCAAGUCAGAGGGCCUGAAGUCGCAGAAGAAAGGUUACCGAAUUUUGGACACCUUGUGUCGUGGAGAGUCUGCGCUGGAACGGAAAUUGGUGACUGAGCGGCGUUCAGAUAUUGUGAACACGAUCGUAGUUGCUUUGUCCAAAAGCACGCCGAUUGGCAAGUCUGCUCGUUUGAAGUGCGUCGCUCGGCUGAUGGAGAUGGAAUUGUCGGAUGAUGUGGAAUCUAAUGCAGCCUUUAAUGAGGAAGAUAAAGAUUUCUUGACCGCGGCGAUCGGUGAGGCUCUGCUUUGCAUUCGUGACUCAAAAAAAGCCACCAGAGCUGCGGCGUUUGAUGUCGUCGUAAAAGCCACGACAUUCUUGAAGUUGAGAUUAAAAUGCAGUGACGAAGAAGCUGUGAAAGGCCUGUUGGGAUAUUUACUUGCUGGAUUGGCCGGGACGCCUCAAAUGAUAGCUUGCUCACUGCUUGCUCUGGGUCACGUGUGCUAUACCAUGAACGAGUGUUUCCCCGCGGACAACCUUGAACCUUUGAUUGACAACGCCUGUCUUCUAAUAACCACUGCUUCGAGAGAAAUAGUGGGAGCAGCGCUGUCAUUUUUCAGGGUUUUAUUCAAAUCAUAUCCUCCGGGAACAAUGGUCAUUCAUCUGGCUAAAAUCGUAAUCGGACUCUCAGGGGCUAAAAAUGAUCCAGUUCUUGACAAAAGGCUAAAAAAUAUUCGUCGAGCUUUGGCGAAGGAGAAACGCAAGCGUGCCGAACGACCCGAUGCAGAUAGCGGAGAAGAAAUUGAUAGUGACGCUGAGAUUGACACGAUGACUUCCAAAAGUAGAAGUCGAUUGUCUUUGGCUCGCAGUGUCGGCUCCGUGUCCAAAGGCGUGGAUAAGGCGAAAAGCAUUGCAGAAAUUUUAGCCAACUUUUCGGAUGACGAUUCGAUGCCGAGUGACGCCGAAGGUGGCGGAGGCGAUCGGAAAAGAAAGGCAUCAAGAAAAUCCAAACAGGAUUUGAUGGGGAAAGCUUGGAUCCAUGAGAACCCAGAUGAACAAAUCGUUGAUCUUUUGGACGCUUCGGCCUCACGACAUAUCUUAGCGGCCGACCCCGAUGAGAAGAAAAGCAAAAAACCAAAGAAAACUAAGGAUAACUUUGCUUUGUCAACCGAUGGGCGUUUGAUAAUAGAUGACAGUGACGAAGAUGUGGACAGUGAAAAUCUAAGAGGCAAAAAGCGGAAAAUGACUGCCUCACGGUCGGGCAUUCUCUCUGGAAUCGACUCGAAAUCGAAGAGCACUACUUUGCGUGAAACUUUCGACGGGGAAGACGAGCUGCGAGAUUUCGGCGAUGAUGACGAUAAAUCUGUCGCCUCAGCGUCGACGCGGACAUCAGUCGGUAUACAUCGGCGAACGAAGAAAGUAAAGAAAACAGCUCCUGAGCCUUAUCUUGGUUCGGAAUACAAAGGAAAGAAGGGCAUGGGUGACGUGAAACGAAAAGGUCUGCCGGAUCCUUACGCAUAUUUCCCAUUAGCACGUGAUGCUUUGAACAAGCGGUAUGUUUUACCUUAUUAA